GUUAAAAAGCUCUGAGCAGCUUCAUCUCCAAUUCAUUGUGUGGUGCAUCUGCAAAAGAGGCUGCAGGUGAGAGUUUGGGGCUGGGGGGCGAAAGGACCUUCCGGUUGGGAGGGGGAGAUGGCAGUGAAUUGGGGAGGGGGCUUUUGCUCGCAGAGCACUGGGGGGGCUCUUGUAUUGAUGAUUUUAUGCCUGAAGCACUUUUCAACGUGCAAAACGCUGCAUGUUGCAUGUUCCUCCUGUAAUACCUAAUUCACAGGACCCUGUGAGGCAGGUCACAAAAUUUACUAUUCCCAUUUUAAAGCAUGCGAAGCCAACCAUUUUUUUUUUAAAAAAAAUCUCUUGUGGCUUAAUCUGUGCUCAGGAUUUUGCUGUAUUUAGAAUUUUCUUUCCAGGUCACAUUGGCUAGCAACCCUUGGCGUGUGAUGUGUCUGUUGUCCCCUGUGCCCAGGCAUGGUGUCAUAGAUGGAGUGUUUGGUUUUAGGUCAGAUAGUCCUGGUUUCAAAUGCUCCCACCCCCGGUGAAGUGAAAUCUGUGACUGUGGGCACAUUUUUAUCCUCAGCCAAGCCCACCUCACAGGAUUGUUGUGAGGAUAAAAUAUAAGCCCAUAUAUAUCAUCCUUGGAAGAAGAAUGGCAUGCAGACCUGACAAAUGCGUAAAUGUGCCGGGUACAAACAAAAUUGCCUUCCCUUUCCCACACGCGACUUGGCUUUGUUGCUUGGGUAAUCUAAAGAGUUUGGCGCCUUUCAAACCAAAUCGUGCUCAUUGGGGGAGCAAAUAUGGACUUAUCAGGAGCUUAUUUCUUAUAGGCGUGGGAUCGGGCUGCAUAUACCUCUCAUGUGAAACAUGCAGGCAUCUCUAGAAAGGUCUGCCUGCACGGUGCUUGUGGAACUGCCUGCCACUCCUGAUCUUUCCCAGAAUCUGAAUGCUAUUUUGGUUGGAGUGUUUGUGGGGCUUCAAGUGUGGUUUUGCUGGUUGGGGGAGCUUGCCAGGGCAAGGAGCUAGGAUGCACAACCCUCAAUUAUCUUGCAGACUGUGUGACUUUGAAAUGGUGGCAUGAUUGAGACCAUUGGGGCCACAGCUAAGAUCAGACUUCCUAGCUCCAAGGCUGCUAUAUGGUCUGAGAUAUAAAUACUGGGUUGAGGGGUCUGGCGACACCAGUGCUUACGGGACUAGGAAUUUGACCCUGGGACCAUUGUGAUUUGAUGCCCCCCAACAAUGUGCAAGUGAAACUCUUUGUUUUUGUCUUUGCAGGAACCAUGAGCCGUAAAGUUGUGAGGUCCAGUAAGUUCCGCCAUGUCUAUGGACAACCGGUCAAGGCUGACCAGUGUUACGAUGACAUCCGUGUGUCCCAGAUGACGUGGGAUGGGAAUUUUUGCUCUGUCAACCCCAAAUUCCUGGCCAUCGUUGUGGAAGCUAGUGGCGGAGGAGCCUUCCUGGUCUUGCCAUUGUCCAAGGUAUGUGAGCCACUCUCUGGAAAGAUGGCCUUUCUAGAAUCUCCUGCCCCCCACGGACCUCAGCCCUCAUCUCCCACCACAAUUCAACCCCUUUCAAGCCCAGCCACCCCCAACCGACAGCUACAUGCAUGAAUCUUAACUCUGAGGUCUCUCUCCCCCCGCCCCGUGUCUUUCCGGGGUGGCGCUCUGAAGAUGGCACAGAGGAGGAGGGACGGGGAACUUGUGAAACUGCCGAAACGACAGAUCUCUUUCGACAGGUUUUUUGUUUUGCCUUAAAUGGCCUGAAGUUUGAACCUGCUGCGGAAAUGGGGCCUUGAGAAAGAGGAAGUGGGUUUGGGGCAGGCAGAGAGGGGAAGGAAAUCGGGAGAGCGCUUGGUAACUAAUGAAGCUCUCUCGGCCUGCCCUGUCUCUGCCUGUGCCCCAGUUCCAUGCGCCCCCUAACUCGCUCCCCUUUACUGCUACCCCAAAAACCCCUCUGCACCAUUCCCCAGAAAUGGAAGCCAACAAGUGAUGGAUUCAGCCUUUCUCUAGGCCUCACGUCCUUUCCAGUUCUUCCAGUGAAACCAAUUGCCAUUGUUAGAUGUCUGGCUUUUGCCUGAUCCCCAAACCUCAUGUUUUACAAGUGACUCUCUUCCCCUCCUGUUUGGUUGGGGCAUUUUCUAUCUUUUUGUCACAUUUGAGGUCUUGGUAGGUUAAUGCUUCUGACAAUGCCCCUGUACUUCUCACCAUGUGUGGGGUUGUGUGGUUCAGUCUAGCCACAACACGCUCAAGGACCCUCCUCCCCUCCCCAAAAAAUGCUUCUUCAUUUUUUAUUUGGCCACUAAGUUGAGGCUCAAAGCUGAGGCUGGGCCUCCUCGCCCCUCCACAUUUUCCUCUGCGACGAUCUUGUGUUUGCCCCUAGGACACAAGUGUCUCAUGACUCCAGCGUGAUAUGGGAACGAGGAGCGGAUUCACACUCCUGAGAGCGACAAAAUGGGGGAGAGGGGAGGAGGGGAAGUGCGAGAGGGAAGCCAUGUGAGCGUUGCUGAUCCCAGUGAGGCUGAUCCCCUUUCCAGCAGGGCAAAUGGCCCUUGACGUUGGCCCAUUGUUCCUUACUUGGUUGCCGGACUCCCACCCAGGUUGCGGUUCCAGCCCAUUUAUUGGGUGGACGGGACAAGCAGAAGAAACUCAGUCCCAGAAGAAGCAAUAGGGAGGGAGACAGAUUGCAGAGCUGGCAUUUACAAUGUGCAGAAGGCUGGAGUGGCGAUCUAGAACAGCCAUUGGGAUAUGUGGCAUGAGUCCAAGUGUGGGUGGCUAGCUUAAGCCCAAUAAGGCUGAUCAGACAACAGAGGCUGGUCCAUUAGAGCGAAUGGGGCUCACCAAAUUCUCAGUUUGCCCUCAGCCAAUCACCACUUGUCUGCCUUCUUAUUGACAGCCAAGCUGGGGGCAGAACUGCAUGCCAUUGGCUCUGGCGCCACCUAGUGUCAGCUCCCCUGCUGUCUGCCCUGCUAAGCCCAAUGGGCACCAAGCAGCACUGCGGUCAAAUCUGUGGGUCACAUACCUUUGAAAGGGUAGCCCAGGGUUGCAAGAUCCUUUUAAAAAAAUAAAUUUUAUGAAGGUUUAUAGAGAAAAAUACAAAACUUAAUACCCCCCUUUUAAAAACCAAACUAAAACUUUUAUCUAAAAACAUAAAGGGGGGGGGACAGAAGAAAUAGAGAAAGAAAUAAUGAAAAAAGAGAGUAGAAAAUAGGUUAAAAGAGAAAGAUUGGGGGGAGGGGGACCACCUAAAGGCAGCCAGGCCUGUUGUUGUGCAUUUCAUAGCAGGCUGAUGCCAGGAAGCGGAGGUUUUCACAGCAUGGAGAUAAACGUGAUCACUUGCUGCUGUGAUUCAGCUUGCUAAGAAGCGGUGCCUAAAUUGAAUAGAUAAAAAUAGCCGACAGUGGCAGUGAUAUCUGCAGAUCAACCUUUCACUCAAGGCACAGGAGCAGAGGCUGGUUGAAACGUUGACAACUCUGCAGUUCUUUCAGUGGAGCUGUGUGGUUUUGGGGGGAGAAGAACGGGUGGCAAAUGUCUCUCUGUUUUUGCGCAAAAGAGCUGAAGAAGGAAGGGAAGUAUCGAAGCGGGGUGGGUGGCAAAGAAGUAGAAAGGAGAACUUGGCAAGGAGGGUUGCAAAAAUCCAGCCACCCAAUUAGCCACUGGCACUUAGGACAGGGCCUGACAACCGGCACUUGGCCUGCUGCCAUCGCCUCUUCUCUUAGCUGGCUCCUGGGGCAAAAAGCUUAUUUCUUCAGAAGAAAUGCUUGAUCAAAGAGCUCUCCAUGCAGUGUUCAGAUGAAAUUGUACAUGAAACGCAGCUAAAACCCACAAACCAUUUAAAAGCAAACAUGCAGCAAACUAUCACCAUUAAAAAACAAACCCCGAAGAUAAAAGCCUUAAAACUUUAAAUGAAGAUAGGUUUUAAGAGAAGCAGUCUUGUCGGCUCCUAAGCUUUUUGAAAAGGGAUUGCACUCCUGCAAAUAAUAUUUCAGGGUGCCACUGCUGUGGACCCCCAGACCCCCCUGGCCCUCAUCUGCCCCACUCCAAGAGUGAGGAGAUCCAACUGCAUCUUCCACUUGCCUUGCCUGUUUGUUCCACAGCUGGGACUGAUGGGAAUUCUGGUCCAAAAUGUCUGGAAGGCGCCAGCUUGUGGAAGCCUGUUCUGAGGAACAGGUGUGCCUUUUGGCCUGCAAGGAGAGGGCAAGUGAUUGGGCAGCGGCCAAAUCUCACCCCUCAGAAUUCUGGAGCGAGCACUGCAUCAUGGCAGAAAAGUCAUAUGCUUAAUCUUCAUAAUGUAAUACGCUUCAUCUCUACAAGCGGGGGAUGGGGAACCUAGGUCCUGCCCCAGGUGUUAUUGAACUCCAACUCCCAUCAGUCCCAGUCAGCAUGGCAAGUUGCCAGGGAUGAUGGGAAUUGUAGUCCAGAGUUGUCAAGAGGGCCACCGGGUUCCACAUCUCGGCUCUAAAGUCUGAGAAACCCUGAUCUGGAUUGGAGAGCCACCACUGGAAUGAGUUACAUCAGAGUUGGGGCCUUACCUGGAAUGCCUCCCCAACUCUGCUUGAAACUUGAACCUGUGCCAUCUGCCAACACUGGAAAGCAGUUGAGAACAAUUUCUGCCUGCUGUUAAGUCAGGGAAGGCAGCCAAGAACUGCCAGGAAGAAGGGGGAACUAUGCUGGCAAGUCAGCACUGGGGGAACUUUGGAGUCUAGGACUCCUACUUCUUCCUUGCCGUUAUAGAUGCUUGUGUUGGGGCGAGCUGAUUCUGGAUUUCCAAACCUUUGCAUGUUUUGUGGAAUCUCCUACAUGUCUAUAACAGGGAUGGAGUUGGGGGGGUGGGGAAGGCUGGUACCUGCCAGGUAGUUUGUGUAAGGUGGUUUAUUGCAGGCCCAUAACCAGAGGGGGAGACAGUGCUUUAGUUUCAUUGAGAGGCACUGGAAAUAAACACCGUUCAUUUGUGGGAUUUUAACUGUCUUGUGAAUUAAUUGGUUCUCCAACUUUUUUUCUCUGGGCCACACUUUCAGUGUCGCAACGAAAUUUUUAUUAGUGAGAAAUACAACUCCUAGCUGUUCUUGGCACCUGUCUUUCUUGAGAAACAAUGGAGUGUGCCUCUCAGGGUGAAGUCAAACGGCUGUAUUAGCAGCACCAAAGUUGAUACUGCUUCUGGUUGUAUAUUCAAAAAAAAAAUCAUUUUGAUGCUAUACUCAGUGCCGGAUUUACGUAUAAGCUAAACAAGCUAUAGCUUAGGACCCCACUCUCUUGGGGCCCCCCAAAAAAAUUAAAGGGGGAAAAAACUGGAUGUACAUUUCCAAAAUAUAAGAUAAAAAAACCAAAUAAAACAAUACCUACAUACAGCAAAUGGCAUUAGAUACCCAUUAGGUCCAUAAAUUACUAUAUAUCAUAUAUUCAACACAAAAACAGCGACAAUUUGUUGACAAAGGACAGCUGGACAUAUAAAGGGCCCCAUUACCUUCAGUAGCUUAGGGCCUCAUCAAACCUAAAUCUGGCCCUGGCUAUACUAUACUAUAUUACUGAAUAUACUAUAUUACCGAAUUGUUUAAAAGUUUCUUUGAUUCUCCUUGAAUCUUCCUGCCACAUUUGCCAUCCUCUCUUGCCACAUCCUUUGAGAACUACUGACCUGGGACAACACCCCCCUCCCCCAAAUCUGGAUGUUUGCAAAAGUUCAGGGUUGUUUUUAUUAUUUAUGUAAUCAGAAGAACAGGGCCCUUCCGUUGUAAAUGAGUCUUUUAUGUCUCAAUCUCUUUGUCGGCCACUUUCUCUACUGGGGCCAGCUGCCAAACUCUAUUAAGUCAAUUAGAUAUGGGUGCCCCUUUCAAGUUUCCCCCCAAAGCCAGGCUUAUCACAAGUCUAGCUGCUAACAAAUAAGUAAGAGAUUUAAAUGAAGUAUUGGCUUUUUGACCCUGAAGUAUAUCCAGUCAAACUCACUUGGCCCUCUCUCCCCUCCUCCUUUUUGCAGACUGGCCGCCUGGAUAAGGCGGCCCCGGUGGUCUCGGGUCACACAGCCCCCGUGCUGGAUGUGGAGUGGUGCCCCCACAACGACCACAUCAUUGCCAGCGGAUCUGAGGACUGCAGCGUUAUGGUGAGUGGGAGCAGCUGGAUGGGGGAAAGGGAUGGGGGUGGGGGAAGGUAGGAGCAGGGUGGACGGAGACAAGUGGGUGGGGCUUAGAGGGAGAUAUUGGGGGAGGAGCUUAGGGUGCUUCCAGACAGGGGCGCUGAUGGGCAGUGCUUGACGGAACCUGGGCAGGUUGAGGGUUUUUUUUUUACCCUCCCCUUUGUCACUCCAGGGAGGCGGGUGGCGCUGUGGUCUAAACCACUGAGCCUAGGGCAGGGGUCUGCAACCUUUAAGACAAAAAGAGCCACUUGGACCCGUUUCUGAAGAAAAAAAAACUGGGAGCCGCAAAACUCAUUAUUAUAAAAAUAAUUUUUUUGUCACUUUUUUAUUAUUUCUUUGUUUGACCCCUCAGAAUUACUCCUCCUCAUAGAAAUAAACGUUAAAUUAACAAGUUACCUUUUUGUGUGUGUGUGUGUGUUCUUCACUCCCCUUCAAAACAGUGACCAGCGUACAUGCCCCUUACAAUGUAGCGGGCGGGCGGGCAGGAAGGUGACGUCGGGACGGUGCGUGACUAACGCACGCACCGCCCCCAUGCGACGUCACAGCCAGUACAGCGCCCGCCACAGUGGGGAGUGUCAGAGCGCACAAUGCACCUCCUCCCCUCGCUAGUAUCCGCCCCGGAGCCGCAGCAAAGGUGUAAAAGAGCCACAUGCGGCUCCGGAGCUGCGGGUUGCAGACCCCUGGCCUAGGGCUUGCUGAUCAAAAGGUCGGCGGUUCGAAUCCCGCAACGGGGUGAGCUCCUGUUGCUUGGUCCCUGCUCCUGCCAACCUAGCAGUUCAAAAGCAUGCCACUGCAAGUAGAUAAAUAGGUACCACUCCGGCGGGAAGGUAAACGGCAUUUCCGUGUGUUCUGGUUUCCGUCACGGUGUUCCAUUGCACCAGAAGCGAUUUAGUCAUGCUGGCCACAUGACCCGGAAAGCUGUCUGUGGACAAACGUUGGCUCCCUCGGCGAGAUGAGCGUCACAGCUCCAUAGUUGCCUUUGACUGGACUUAACCGUCCUGGGGUCCUUUACCUUAUAGCCAAGUAUCCAUGAAAGGGUUCCAAAAGUCAAGGGGGCGGAUCUUCAAGGGGGAGAUGAAGGGUUGUCUUCAACUAACUUUUACUCAUAGUACACCCAUUGAAAUGAAUGGAUCCGUAAAUGGCCAUCACCAAGUUAGAUCCAUUGAUUUCAGCGGCUGUUCCCCGAGUGAAAGUUGAAAACAACCCAAAGGUCACCUAGAAAGGAAUUCAUCUAGUAGGUGAGAAGGGCUGUCCCCCUUAUUAGGAUUUAUUCCUACCCCCUGCAAGCCCAAAUAAAUAGCGAUCUGAGUCGCGCCCUGCAGAACCUCGCAGGGAAUGGCAUGGUGCAAAAAUUCAAGGAGUGUGCCUUAAAAGCUUCUCUGACACCCCAGGGGCGUUUCUCACCCAGAACACACACACUGGCAAACAUAUAGUCCUCAACAGGCCAUUUCCUGGUUUGCUUAUGGGUCUGGCUGCCCCUGCAGAUGGGCAAAAGUGGAGGGGAUACAGGUAUGGGCUAGGCAUGGCUGGGAGCAACGAAGGGGGUUGCCUCUUGCUCCUGAUGUCCUCCAUUCUCUUUGGUGCCUUGCUUCCAGGUCUGGGCAGUGCCUGAAGCUGGCCUCGUUCGGUCCUUGAGCGAUCCUCUGGUGACCCUCGAAGGCCACUCCAAGCGGGUGGGGAUUGUCACGUGGCACCCGACGGCGCAGAACCUCCUGCUGAGCGCAGGUAACGAGCGGCAGGUGCGCGGCGGGCUCACGGAGGCGGCGCACUCGCAAUCUGGCUGGCGCGCAACCCUCUCUCCCUUCCAUUGCCGGUCCUUUGUUAUCGAUGGCCUUUCUCUCUUUUGCAGGCUGUGACAAUGCAGUGACAGUCUGGGACGUGGGGGUCGGGCAGGCGGCCCUCUCCAUGGACGAGAUGCACCCAGACGCCAUCUACAGCGCGGCCUGGAACCAGGACGGGUCGCUGCUGUGCACGGCCUGCCGGGACAAACGCGUCCGGGUGUUUGACCCGCGAGCGGGAGGCGCCGUUGCCAAUGUAAGUAUGAACUGCAAGCUGGGGAAGUCUGUGUCCUGUGGCAGCAGGAGGGGCAAAUCUAGAUCAGUAUACAAGACCAAGUGAAUAAUUCCCUAAGCCAAGCUAAAGGGUCCCUCCAUCCCAGAAUUUGAUCUGUCAACAGCAGAAUCCCACAAGGCAGGGCCAGAUGAAGUUAGCUGCCCCCUGUUGCUUGAUCUGGGAACCAGAGGUCCCACAGCUUAUAUCAGGCUUCCUCACACUCGGCCCUCCAGAUGUUUUUGGCCUCCCAUGAUCCCUAGCUAGAAGGACCAGUGGUCAGGGAUGAUGGGAAUUGUAGUCUCAAAACAUCUGGAGGGCCAAGUUUGAGGAAGCCUGGCUUAUAUGCAGGCUUCAUUCUUAACUCCCACACAGAAUACAUUUUUUUUGCUGUUAACAGCUUUUUAUUGAAUUUUCCAAAAAGAAGUGAUAACAAAUACAGUCGAUACAAGCUAAAUAAUAAUACCGUAUUGCCCCAAAUAUAAGCCGCUCCCUUAAAAUUCCGCAGGCACUCAUACCCGUUCCGUUUUACCGUAUGUCUGUUUCAGCAGCGAUAUCGUAAAAGGUCGUGAAUUUAAGCUGCACUUUAACUUUUCAUGGUUAGAAUUUGGGGGGAAAGUGAGGCUUAUAUUCAGGCCAAUACGGUAAAUCAAUACUAGUCUAACCCCUUGCAAUAUCAUAUAUAAUACUUACAGUGAUCUUGAUUUUCCAAUGCCACUCCAACAGCACCACCCAUGCAUAAGAGGGAGCUUGCAGUAGUGGGGGGGGGGGUGGAUGUUUGCAGAAGUACAAAAAAACCCACCUUUACGGAAAUACAUCCGAAACACUCCCCUGUCCCAGGUAGUGUAAUUAGGACUGAGCAUGCUCAGUGGGCAUGGAAUGCUCCACUUUGUCAAAGCUUAUUGGCCACCUAUAGAAACAUCACCCACGACUCUGCCUCGUGCUUUAAGAGAGGGGGGGGGGGAAACAAUCUUGGAUUGCAGCUGUUGCAACAUCUUCCAUGACCAUAAAUUGAUUAAACUGGGUGAGAUGCUUCAUCGGGUAUCUGGUGCCAACCCAUUUAACUGGAGAGUCCUGAAUCUGUAAAGCUGUGAGCAUCAGGCAUGGUGGGGAGGAAAUGCAGCCCGUCUCCCUAGCGAGUGGCACUUUAUAGGUGUGGGCGGAGCCUACCUGGAAUAGCUGUGGCUAAAGUCUUGGCUGUAUCUGAUGCUUCCUCCUGCCUCCUCUUCCCACCACAGGAGCUGCCCCGCCCCCACGAGGGCUCGCGUCCUGUCCGGGCGAUUACUGUGAACGAUGGAAAGCUCUUCACAACGGGCUUCAGCCGCAUGAGUGAGCGUCAAGUGGCGCUGUGGGACCUGGUGAGAAGAAAGGAGGGUUGUCCUCUCCGAUUGUCAGGAUACGUACCUUUCGUUGCCGUAAUGGAGAAGGGGAAACCCACCCCUGCUUCAAGGGAGGCUUGCUAAUAAAAGGAUAUAUAUUGUUGGGGCACCUGUGCCCUCCUCCUCUACAUAAUUAAACAAAGAAAACCUUUUGAAAGACAAGUAGUACACAUUUCAGAUUCCAAAAGAGUAGUAGGCAUGUUGGUUUGUUGCAGUGAAAACGACGAGGUGUCUUGUGGCACCUUAAGGCCACUAACAGCCUUUAAGCUUUCGUUGACGUCAGUCCCCACAGAUGCAGUGACAAAUUAGCACUCAGAAACACACAUACACACACACAUGAUUGGGGGAAUUGCGUGUGUUAUCACAGGUACUCUAGUUAUUGCUCAUUAACUUUCUUUUGAACAAGAUUUUUGAAUAACGUAGCAUUUAUAUUCCACUUUUGUUUGCUCAUGAAGCAUGUAGCUCCCCUUAAUUUUGUCAGCGGUUCUGACAAAAAUCUCUGUAAAACAGACCAGCUGUUAUGCCCACAUUACAGACUGAGUGUUGGUACUGAGGCUGCUCACCUAAAACUGCCUUCCUCUGCUGGAGAUGUGGUCUCCUAAUUCAGAGUUCAGUCUCUUCAGUGCUAUUUUUCUGGAAAAAGAGGUGCCGGAACUCACCAUGAAAGCUUAUCCUCUUUUCUUUCUUUUUUCCAAUUUUUUUUAUUGAUUUUCCAAAUUUAUAACAAACAUAAACAAAAACAAAAGAAAAAAACAUUACAAUAUAAAAAACAUACAAACGUUAAUCCUAACUAUUAUAAUCCCAUUUUUGUUACCAUUGUUAGAUGACUUCCUCAAAUCCCUCUAGCUGAGUUUCCACAUGACUCAUUGUAGCAGUUGUCCAAUACUAAUUUCCAAUGAAAUUAACUUAGUCAAUUAACAUCUUUCUUUCUUAUCAUAUUCAUUUCUAUCCAUAGUAUUAUGCAAUUUAAAACAUUUAACUCCUAAGCCAAUUUGGUAUUCACAAAUAGUGCUACUUAUAUUAUCUUAGAAUAUUUUACUCAAUAAUCCUUAAAUUUCUUCCAUUCUUCUUGGUACUCCUCCUCUUUCUGUUCGCGGAUUCUUCCAGUCAGGUCGGCCAGCUCCAAAAAGUCCAUCAUGAUUGCUUAUUCUCUUAUAAUGGCAAUGGCACCCACCUGAGAGGUGCUGGAACUGAGUUCUGGCUGGGAAAAAGCCCUGAGUCUCUUGGCUACUGUGCUAUGAGCCUGCAACCAUCUCCAAUCUAGUCCUCCUCAGUGUAGGCCUACCGAAGUCAAUACACGUGGCUAACUUAUGUCCCUUAAUCUCAGUGAGUAGAGCCUUGCUGGAUAAAACCCCAUGUUUUGUGGUUCGAGAACCCCUUCUUCCUGCGAUGGGGAUACCUACCACAUGAGAAUAUAUGCUUCUCCUGCAUAAGCAGAAUUGCCUUCAACUUGGGAUUUCUAGUUUCUCUUCUUCUUUGGACUCUCAGUCCCACCCACUUAAAUUUAACUUGCUAUCUCACUUUUACUCUGCAGAGGAAACCUGAGGAGCCAUUAACCCUCCAGGAGCUAGACACAAGCAGCGGAGUCCUUCUGCCUUACUAUGAUCCAGACACCAACGUGGUUUACCUGACCGGCAAGGUGAGUCCUGGAUGGACGGGGCUGUCGGUGUUUGGAAGCAGAACUCCGGAGGAGCUGUUCACGAUUUCUGUGAUGCUAAUCGAGGGGGUUGUGGUGAUCUGAGGGAAGAGAGCAGGGGAGAGCUUGAAACUGACAUUUCAAGAGAGGACGAGGGGAACAGAAACUUCUUCUGAAGAGAGGGCAGAAUUUCGCAUCCUUCCCUGGAAUUGUUAGAAGUGUGUCUCAGCUCACAGUGAGGAAGAGGGGUUUUUACAGUUGGGAAAGCUCUGGAAUGAUGACGAUGAAUCAAACUCUUGUGUUUACCUGCGUUGUUGCAGGGAGACAGCAGCAUCCGUUACUUUGAGCUCACGGGGGAGGCGCCCUUUGUGCACUACUUAUCCAUGUUCACCUCCAAGGAGUCGCAGCGAGGAGGAGGCUGGAUGCCCAAGCGAGGCUUGGAUGUCAGCAAGUGCGAGAUUGCCAGGUAUUUUGUGAACGCUUUCAUGUUUCUUCCCCUUCCCAUCCCUGCACCCAAAGGAGGGCAUUCCUGGUCCCUUUCCUCCUGCCUCAAUUUAUUCCCCCAGCACCCCUGCCAGGUAAACUUAGCUGCCCCGUUGGAUUCUAUUUGUUGAUGGACUGCCACUCCCAUCACCCCUGACCAUCGGCCAUGCUGGCUUGGGGCUGAUGGGAGCUGGAGUCCAGCAACAUCCACAGGGACACAGGUUAUCCAUUCCUGGGCUAAGAAAUAGUAACUGGCCCAGUGAGCUUCAUAGUUGGGUGGUGAUUUGAACCCCCAUUUUGCUAGUCCUGGUCUGAAACACCAAUCCGCCCUCCCUCCAGAUGUUUAGGACUACAACUCCCAUCAGCCCAGCCAGUACCAUGUUGGGUCAAUGAUUCUCUAACCACUGCACCGCCCUGCCUCCCUGAUCAAGGCAAAAACAAAACAUCUAGGAUUCUUUGGCUUUCGUUUAGGGGCAUUCGUCUCCCUCCCCUCCAAGGCUUAUCCUUACUAGAAGUGUUUCUUGCCUCUCCCAGGUUUUACAAGCUCCACGAGAGGAAAUGUGAACCCAUUGCAAUGACUGUGCCUCGGAAGGUAAGCUGAGAUUCCCGGGUUCUGUAAAUCGUGGAGGAUGGGGAGUUCCACAGUGUGUCUUUGCAGAAACUCGACUUCUGUUUAAAGGCAAAAUUUGCAUUUCUUGCUCCACCCACUUUUGUCUCUGGCCCCUCCCCCCUCUAGCAUGCGGCUCUUCAAAGGCUUCCCAGAAGGGAAUGUGGCCCCUAAAUAAUUCUCUGGCCUUGUUCUAUGUAAUUGAGGCAUCCAUUUUACCCUCUUGACAUUUGAGUUUGGAUUUGUUGUUCUCAACUUUUCAUAAACCACUUGGGGGUUUUUCCUUUUCUUUCAAGCGGUAUGUAAAUGCCAUGGAAUAAAUAAAAAUAAAUGAAGUUUGGAGGGACUUUUUCAGGAAAUCCUUGACAGAAGGGUGGACAGAAGCCCGGGAGGAGUCCUCCUGAGGAAGAGGAACUGCUGCUCUCUUUCCCCAAUAACAGAGUGGGAGGUCCCUUUUAGAUCUAUCUGCCCCUUCUGUUCAGCCUGUGUCUUUGUGUGCCUUCUCUGCAGUCAGACUUGUUCCAAGAGGACCUGUAUCCUGACACAGCUGGCCCAGAUGCUGCCCUGACUUCCCAAGAGUGGCUGUCGGGGAAGAACGCCAGCCCCAUUCUCAUCUCCCUCAAGGACGGCUACACGCCCCAGAAGACCAGAGAGUUCAAGGUCAACCAGACCCUCCUUCAAGGGCCCAAAAGAAGCCAACAUUCCCACGAAGGGACAGCGCCAGGGGUAAGAAGGGGAGAGAGCCCAAGAUCUAGAUUAUGGGCCACCACCAGAACUGGGCCAGUGGGUCUGGGCCGAGGGUCAUCAGAAUAAGGGUCAGAGUCAGAGCUGGAAGAACCGGUUGCUGUGGGUCAGAACUGAAGCUUGCCUUGUGUUUUCCCACAGAGUCCAGCUCUGGAGCAGCUCUCGGAGGACCUGAAGCGGCUUCAAGCCACUGUCUCAGAACAGGAACGGCGCAUCUCAGAGCUGGAGCAGAUUGUGAAGAAAUAGCACCCGCCCUUCCACUAGCCACCCAACCAAUAGCUGUUCUCCAUCGGUCAUACUGGACUUUGUUUCAUUGGUCUUUUUUAAACCCUUCAGUUUUUAAAUGGGUGGAUCCUCAGGGCAUUAUUAAGCACCACCCACCCCCAAACUCAGGGCAGAAAGUCAGCCUGCCAGCUCCAAAUGGGCUUUGCUUUUGGCUAGCCAGGUUCCACCUGCUGCCUUCAUUCUGCCUGGGCAGCACUAAGCUCACCCUCUUGCCAAGUUCUUGCACGCCAGUCGCCUCUCUGCCCCACGGCCUGCCGGCGUCCUUCUCCGCAUUGCCUCCCAGCUCCCAGAUUAGCUGCAUGGCACCGCCUCCAUCUUGCUGCCUCCUCUGAGAAAACUUUACCCACCUUCAGGAUUUUUGUAGAAGUGCUGUAAGGACCAUCUUCCUGCAGUGGUUUUGUCUCACGUUUUAACCAGGGCUGCAAUGUUUCACUGACAAUCAGUUGAACAUUUUGGUUAACUAGGCCGGGGUACAUUUCUAUUGGCCAGCAACUUGCAGAGGGUGGGGUGAGUAAGUACUUCUUUUUAAAAAGCAGGUAGCAAGGGCUCUCUUAGAAGACAAAUUCCCUCCUAUGUGUGAGAAGGGAAAUAUCUUUUUAAGAUGUAUGCUGCAACAACCGCAAGUGUGCAUUACCUAAUAAAGUACGCUUGUUUCUUUAGAAGUAUUGUCAUAUGCAAGUUUAUAUGAAUAUUAGUCAAAACUCACGACGAUCAAUCAAGUUUUCUUAUAUUGUGUGGCAGUACUAGUGGAGUUUGCCUAGUACUCAUUUUUAACCUCUUCUUAAACAUCACGGACACCUCCUCCAGAAAGGUGGGCUAGAAUUUAAUACCAAGUGGCCUGACCUCCCCGUCCCCUCAGUCCAGAAUGCAAUCAGAUAAUACAAGCUCAUCUUUUAAGCACCCAGAGGACAGCAAACACAAUCAAAACCCUACUAUUCCCAUUUUUUUGUCAUAGGAGUACGUACAGCCAGUCACACCAAACCGUAUUUCUACAGUUGUUUUGUUUAACCACUAGAGGGCAGCAUAAGAGGGGUUCCCAAACUGCAGUCCCUAGCACAAGACAUUACAAUUGCUACAACAGGUGGAAAUUUCGUUAAGUGGUCCACCAAGAGCCUCAGCAAUUUUCAAGUGGUUGGGAAAGUUUGGGAAUUACUGUUUUACACCCAGCUGCCCUCCUCUCUCUGUCUCCCUAGCUCAGUAAGUAGAGCAUGAGACUCUUAAUCUCAGGGUUGUGAGUUUGAGCCCCAUGUUGAGCAAAAGAUUCCUGCAUUGCAGGGGGUUGGGCUAGAUGACCCUUGAGGUCCCUUCUAUCUCCUGGGACUUUAAAAUCUUACUCUAUAUUCGCAAGAACAAUCCCACCUCAUUUACCGCUUCUUUAAGGGCCAAGACUUCUUUUAACAAUCAAUGGCAGGUGGGUGGGAGAGAAAGAGAAGAGAUCAAGCAAUGAUCUCCUGCCAACAAAAACAAAGUGUUAGUUUGCACACUUACUAAAAAAUGUAGCUGGAUCCUUUUCACCCACAGGUAAAGGAAAAAAAUUACUUAGUGCCCCAUUCCCUUUGCCCCCCCCCCAAAAAUCUGAAACACGCAGAACAGGAAGGUAUUGUCAAAGCAGAAGUGGAAAACCUAUGAGCCUCCAUGUUGCUGAACUCCAACUCCCAUCAGCUCUUGCCAGGAUGUCCAAUGGCCAGGGAUGAUGGGAUUUGUAAUCCAGCAACACCUGGAGGGUCACACGUUCCCUAUCCUUGUUUAGAGAAUUUGGCUUCAGAGAUGCUCAGAGCAGAGUCCGACAGGUAGGAAUGAUUAAUAUAACACACAAGGAAACUGGUUUUACAUUUUAUUUUCUGCUACAUGCUCUUCCAAGUCCUCCUAGUAUUCCCACUGGAGAGACCAGGGUGGGUCCCACACCUGCAUAUGUUUGCUCCACAGCUGCCUCUCCCAUUCCCUUGGGGGUUUGUUUUGGUCUCUGGGCUGCCGCCGCCUUCUUUCCCAGGGCAGAGGAGCUCCUCUCUCACUUAGCUUCUUGUUCUUUCGCCCACUGCUCUGGCGUUAGCGUUCUCUGCUCAAAGGCGUGAAUGUGCUUCAACUCCUCCACUAAGACUUCAUUGACCAGCCUAGGGAAGGUGGGGAGAGGAGAUGGAAAUAGGCAAAAAUCCAAGGGCAUUCUUGCUUCUAGACUGCAUCUUAGUCAUGUAAGUUUUUAAAUUACCACUCUGGCCAUUUUUAGCUACCAGCAACAACUUCUAACGCACACAAUCAAACCAAUUAAUUCAAGAAGUCAAUGGUGUGGUGUGGAAACUGUUUCACCACUCUUCUCUGUGAAAAUUUUUGACAUUUCCAAAAAUGAAUGGCUGCAGAUGUGAUUAGUAGUGUGGGGAAUCCGUACAAUACCAGUCAAAUUGGUUGGCUUCAAAGUCGUAAUUAACUUUUUCAUACCACUAUACAAUGAAACAUCUGUAUCUAAUACGCAGCACUUUGGGCUGUUAGUAUGUUAGUUUUCAGUGCCUUCAUUUCCCCCAUCCCUAAAAUUUAAACAAUGUAAGGGAAGUCUAUGCUAUUGAAUUGUUAUGUCUGAACAUUUGCAAGUACUCCAAUAAAUAAAAUUUCCAAG